AAGCAUCCGCAUGUCAUCUUCGAAGCGAGGACGAAGGCGAAUAAAGGGUGCGCCAACACGGGGAACUACGAGUGGCGUAUGGGCGGCAGAGAAGGAGUAGGAGCGCAAAGUCUACAAUUCACCUCAUCCUCCUCCUCACAGGCGAGGGGCAAACGGGAGGCGAGGAGGAACAGAGGAACCAGUCCCAGUGAGGAGGAAAAGAGAUGGCGAAGCCGAAAUCCCAAGGAGGAAGAAAGAAAAAGAAACAAAAUUUCCAAAGAAAAAGAAAAAAAUAGAAACAGAUCUUCCAAGGAGAAGAUGUGGCGGAACAAAACUAGAAAUCCUGAGGAGGAGGGUUGGUGGAGGAGUCCAGAGGAGAUGUCAAGGAGGAGGAGGAGGAGGAGUGCGGAGGAGGAGGAGUACUGGAGGAGGAGGAAUGGGACUAGUGAGGAGACGAGGAGGAGACGGGAGAGGAGAGAUGUCAGUGUGACUACUAAGUAUAUUGAGACUGCCCUGGUCAUCGAUAAAGCUAUGUUCGAGAAACGAAACGGGAGCACCCGUCUAGAGGUGGUACAUGAUGCUAUACAAGUAGCAAAUAUUGCUGAUUUGUACUUUCGCACUAUGAACACCCGGGUGUCGGUGGUGUACAUAGAGACAUGGCAGGGCUCCAACCAGGCAGUCAUAGACAAGUCUCAGGACAUCAACAUUGCCCUACUCAAUUUUAAAGACUACACUCAGCGACAUCUGUUCAGAUUUGAUAAGGACACAACACAGCUGUUGACUGGCGAAAUCUUCGCUAGCGGGGAAGCGGGCAUGGCCGUUCCUCAAUCUAUUUGCACUCCCAAGUCAGUUGGUCUCAGUGUGGAUGUGAACUCCUAUGAACUGCAUCUACUGGCCGGAACCAUGGCUCAUAUGAUCGGCCAUAAUAUCGGCAUGGCUCAUGAUAAACCCGAUUGUUUAUGCAAUGACUGGCACGGCUGUAUAAUGAACCCCUCCAUAGUUGGACUGGAAAAUGUUCAACCCUAUAAGUUUAGUGCCUGCAGUUUGGAUGAUUACAAUAUGGCGCUCAGAACUGGAAGAGGACUCUGUCUGCUCAAUAAACCUAACGAGUUGGAAGCACGUCGUACUUGUGGCAACAAUAAGAUAGAAGAGGGCGAGGAUUGUGACUGUGGUCCUAUAGAGCAAUGUGCCGACAAGUGCUGUGAUCCCAUCACUUGCAAACUCAGGAAGGACGCCGAAUGUGCCUCUGGGCCAUGCUGCAAUAAAUGCCGGCUGAGGCCAAGCGGUGUGGUAUGUCGGGAGGCAAGCAACGAGUGUGACCUCCCCGAGUUCUGCACAGGUGAGAGUGGGCAUUGCCCAACAGAUGUCCACAAAAAGAAUGGACACCCCUGUGAUGAAUCCAAGUCACCCAAGAAAAAGGCACAAGGGUACUGCUACAACGGAAUGUGUCCCUCUAUAAAUGUCCAGUGUGCCAAUGUAUGGGGACAUGGGGCUAAAUCUGGAGAUGAAGAAUGCUUUAGAGCAUUCAAUUCCAAGGGGUCAAUCAAUGGACACUGUGGAACAGAUGGCGACCAAUACUACGUCAAAUGUGAAUCAGACAACGCAAUAUGUGGCUCUCUUCAGUGUCAGAACGGAAAGGCGACGCCCUUGCUUUAUAAUCCUACUGCCAAUCCAACGCUGGAUUUCGCCACAACCAUAAUCUCAAUUAAAGGAAUGGAGUUCGAAUGCAAAACAACCAGUGGUACAAAAAAGGAUAGCGAUCUUCCGCCUCAUGGUUUAGUAAGAGAUGGAACGCCCUGUGGUGAAAAUCUGAUCUGUGUGAACCAAUCGUGUGUGAGCAUUUAUCCUUAUAUGGAUCCAGGUCACUGUCCCAGUAAUCAUAAGAAUCAUGAGUGUUCAGCAAAUGGGGUCUGUUCAAAUACGAACAAAUGCCAUUGCAAUAUGGGCUGGGGUGGACCAGACUGUUCACUCAAAGUUGACAUCUCUCUCUACACCUUUCCUUCGACGGAGGCCACCCUGUCGCCGCAGGACCACCUGGACGCCACUCGGGCCAAAGAGGAUCUGGAGAAGCAGAUGAAGAGCAAGGUGACUCCGUACGAAAACUACCACAGCACUAAUACAGUAUUCCUGGUGGGAACUCUCAUGUCGGUUGUUGGAGGAGUUUUCAUAGUUUUUGCUCUCAUGGCAUUAUGCUAUAGAUCUGUGGUGGUUCAUAAGAAUUUCUCUCUCUGUCUGAGGUGA